AAUCUUUAUUUAAAGCGUCUGACACAUGCUAUAACUGAGCGGAAGUAUUAAGAAUAACAUUAUCUUAUUUAGUUAAAUAACCAUCUCAUUAUAGAUUUCUCUGAAAAAUAGACGGAUCAAGUUGUGUCUGUGUGUGUGAUGUUAUUGUUAAUUUUGUGAUCAAUGACAAUGGUUGUAUUUUUUGUGUUUUAGAAGUUCUAAAGAAGAUGAUGGAGCAAGUUCACAGAAAACUGUUACAACGCAACAGAACAACACUUAUAGAUAACAUAUCAAAUCCUAUAGAUGUCGUUGAAAAGUUGUUUGAGAAAAAUCUGUUCACAGAGGCGAUGAAACAAGAAGUAGAGGCCGAGAGGACAAAAAAUGGCCAGAUAAGGAAGAUACUAGAUACAGUUCCUAAAAGAGGCCCCACUGCAUUUAAUAUAUUUUAUGUGAGUUUGCUUGAGACAGCCAAUGAUACUGCUGCUGAUAUACUUAAACCAGAGUUACAGGGCACUCAUCCACAUCAUGGCGGGGCUGGGGAGAGAGGAUAUGCCAUACCACAACCAGGAGUUGAAUUGCCACAAGACUGGCCAAAUGUAGCAGCAAUGACCAUGGAGAUAAAAGUUCUACCAUGCAAUGUGAGAUCUGACUUGGUGAGACAUAACUGGAUUAGUCCUAACGUUUAUUCCAUGAAAAAGCGUUGCCGGGGGCGAUGUUUAAUCCUGUCAAAUCAAACAUUUUAUGGACCAUUGGAGAAGGACAGCAAAGGUGUGGCACGAUGUAUACUUCCUUCUAGACAUGGUACUGUCAAAGACAGAGAUGAUCUCAAAGUAUUGUUUAAACAGUUACAUUUUGAUGUGAUCACUCGCAAUGAGCUAACAGUUCAGGAUUUUCAUAGUGAAUUACUGCGGGAGGCAGCUCAUUCUGAUCAUAACCAGGCCGAGUGUUUUGUUUGUGUCAUAUGUAGCCAUGGCACUAAGACAGGGAUCUAUGGUGUAGAUGGUGGAGUUAUCCCCCUUGAAAAUGUCACAAAAUAUUUUGAUGGUGAACAUUGUAAAGGUUUACAGUCAAAGCCAAAAUUAUUCUUCAUUCAGGCUUGUCAAGGAGAAACUGCAGACAGACCAGGUUCAAAUGUUGUAGAUGGUGGUCAGGAUUUAUCAAACCUGUUAGAAAAGGUUCAUAUAGCUGAUCAAACAGAUGCUGCAAAAGAAACUUCUGAACAGCUUGAUCCAAACUCAGUGCCUACAAAAACUGACAUGUUGGUUGCAUGUGCUACACAUCCAGGAUAUGUGUCUUUACGGAACACUAAGUAUGGGUCUUGGUUUAUACAGGCUGUGAUAUACGUGUUUCAGAAAUAUGCGUGUAAAGAAGACAUAUUUGGUUUACUCAUUUUGGUAAAUAGCCUAGUUGCUCGUGGUCGUACUGCCUUAGAUGAGAAAGGUCCACGUGAUGUGAUGCAGGCAUCCUUAUUUACUGCCUCCUUGACAAAGAAGUUCCUGUUUUUUCCUGGAGUAGUAGCAGACUCAGAAACUUGAUAUUUUACACAGUGAUUUGAUAAAAUGACAGUUGUGACAGUUACAAUUCAUGGUCUAAUUUAUGAACCUUCUUUUCUAACCAAAGAUACCGGUAUAUGAAUCAAGAUGAAUAUAAGAACUAACAAUCAAUGAGCUAUACGUGUUAUGUUGAUCUGUUAAUAGUUCAGUGAAGUUAUGAGAAUGAAAUACAGUCAACCUUGCUUGAGAUAUUAUGUCUAUUAAGACCACUUUCCAGUUCCUUUUUGUAUCAAAACAAAUUAUAUUGUUUUAACAAACCAUUAAAAAAUGUGUAAAGAGACUUCUCUUUGGUGAUCUGUUAAUGCAAACUGGGGGGUUCGUUUUGAGGAGGCUGCGCUUUUGGUGCGUGGCAUUCCCUGUUUGAUAUUUCUCUUUGUUUUUACUGUAUUUAGAGUGGGCUCUUGACCCAUUUUAAUGUUUACAUAUUAAUUUGCAGUUACCAGUAUCUGGUGAUUAAUAGAUUGUCAAGAUUCUUGUAGAAAAAUCAAGCAGCAGUUAAAGAGGAAGAGACAGGUAGAAGAUGAAGAGAGAGGAAGAAUUUAUGAUGUCACAGGCUCUCUGUUCCAGGAUUUUCUCAGGAAUUAGGUAGAAGGACAAAUCAUGAAACUAUGUAUUACAAAACAAAAUAAAGUUGUACAAGUUAGGCCUAAGCAUAAACAUCUGAUAUAGUUUAAAAGCAGUGAAUGCUGUACAACGUAAUUUCAGUGUUGUUUUUCUGUGGUCAGAUGAAGUUGUUCCAUAAACUAAUAAUGAUAAUUUUGCACUGUUUAGUACAGGUUAAUCUUGAUCAUAUUUUGGCAGUAUUUGUACCUAUGUUUUAAUACAUGUGUAUAGAAAUGGUCAUUUUUUCUUAUGUCUCUAUCUGAUUGAGGCUCAUUAUGUGAGAGUCGUGGCUGUAUUAUAGUUCGACUGCGUCUUUUGAGCCGUGACGGAAUGAUACACUUUUUCAAUUGGGUUAUAUCAAUAUUUGCGGUCCAUACCUGGCUGACAAAUCUCUCUAGAGUAAGUUAAUAUGUGUGUUUUGUUAAUCAUGAACUCAAUUAUAUCGCUGGCGCAAUAGAUAGAACGUAAUGGUUAUAAACUGUGAGAUACGAGAUAGAUAGAAUGUAAUGAUUAUAAACCGUAAGGUGCGAGUUCAAUCCCAGGUUACGACCAUAUUUUAUUCCUACUACACAUUUUUUUUUUUCAAUUUUAUUUUAGUCAAACAUUUUUGAAGACUCUUUAAAAAAAACACACACACAUUACAUAUUUCAGUAAUAAUGUUUGACUGUUUAUAUAUUUUUGGUAUAUUUUGCUACUUUUAUUUCAGUUUAAUUCAUGUCAUGUAAUUUCGACUUCACUUGCUGUGUUUGUUGAAAACCCUUCAGCCGUAUCAGUCUCUCAGUCAGAUGACGAAUUGGAAUCAGGGUUAAGCUCAAUGAUCACUGGUGCUGGAAGAUCAUUAACUUAUCGAUUCAAUGAACUGCACAGUUUUCUCGAGCAAUGACUAUUGAACCAAACGAUUAAAAAUGAAAAA